UUUGUAAAAUUUAUGCUUUGAUUAAGGAUUUUAAUUUACAAGUAUUGUAAUUAAAUUUGUUAAAAUCAAGAAUUGCAUACCGAUUAAGCCACUUCGUAUUUAAUUCUAUCAUAUAAAUAAGAUGACUAUUAUGUCGUUUUGAUAUAUCUAUAUUUUCUCUAAUUAUACUUGAGUAAUUGUUUUUGAUAAGGCUUCUUGUUCAUACCCCACACCCACAAAAAAGAAAAGAAACAAAAGUUACCUAACAUUGACGAAGAAAUUUCUUAGCUCAACUCCCAUAUUUUCAAACUUAGUUAAAACUUUAAUAUAGAAAGAAGAAGCAAAGAAAAUUACUCACACCAUAUAAACCACGUUCUAGAAUAGAGGUUUUUAUUUUUAACACCUUUUUUAUAGUCAUAUAUUUCAACUCAAUAACAAAACCGGCUCAUUUAAAAUAAAAAAACCGGUCUAGUCAAAAUGGGCGGCUCAUUCUACCCAUGACCCUUGCAAAAACUAUGACAUGAAAUAUAUUGUUACUUACUCCAUCAACCAUAUAUUAAAUUUUAUGAAAAUAAAAAAAUAAAUUUCAUAAAUAAGAAAAAAAAAAAAAAAAAAAAAAAACUUUAUUCCAUUUACUUUAGGAAACUACAUUAAUAAGCCAACCAUCUUACGCUUUUCUUUUUCCAUUUUGUUGACCACCAAGAAUUUAGUUCCUUGUUUGGUAUGGUACUCUUAUAUUUUCCCAACAUUUAUUUUAAUUUUUCUUGUAAAAAGUUCUAGUAAUAUAGCACAAAAUUCUCUCAUUUUUUCCGCCAUGAAAUCUUUUCAAUACUAUAACUAAGAAGGUUAAUAGGGUAAGAAAACGAGGACGAGGACAAGGGCAAGGACGAGGAGGACGACGAAGAAGAAAAAAGUGCAAGUAAUAAAUUGAUCAUGGUAGAAGAACAUUAUGACAAAUUGGUUCACCAUAGUUUCAUAAUUCCGCUAUUAUUUGUCCUCUUCCUUGUAUUUUCAGGCACAAUCACCAAAGCAGAUGCUCAAACUGAGGAAGCAGGAAGUGACAGAGUUAUUUUGCUGAAUUUGAAGUCAUUUUUGGAAGAAAAGAAUAAGGUGAACAGAGGAAAAUAUGCAGAUUGGAAUAAGUUCAGUUCAGACCACUGUAAUUGGUCUGGUGUAGCCUGUAAUCCCGGUACACGUCGAGUCACCGGAAUCGAUUUAUCAAAGAGUAGCCUGAAUGGGGAGAUAUCAGGGAACUUCUCAGGAUUGUCAGAACUCAGUUCUGUUGACCUGUCAGGGAAUACCUUAAGCGUGAUUCCUAGUGAUUUGAGUGGGUGUAAAAGCCUUAAGCACCUUAAUUUGUCACAUAAUACACUUAAGGGGGAGCUGAAUUUAACUGGUUUGAGUAGCUUGGAGGUGUUAGAUUUGUCAUUGAAUAGUAUUGGUGGCGAAAUUCGGGCUAGUUUCCCUGCAAUAUGUAGCAACUUGAGGGUCUUGAACAUUUCUACUAAUAAUUUUACAGGGACUAUUGAUGGGUGUUUUGAUGGGUGUUCGAAGUUGGAGUAUGUUGAUCUUAGUGCAAAUAAUUUUUAUGGAAAGGUCUGGCCUGAUUUCGCUAGGCUGAAGGCAUUCGACGUUGGGGAGAAUGAGUUUUCGGGGUUGAUUGUUCCCGAGUUAUUUGAGGGUAACUGCAGCUUGGAGACCUUAGACUUGUCAGAAAAUAAUUUUACAGGGAAUUUUCCUGAUGAAAUUUCCAAGUGCAAAAACUUGUCUACCUUGAUCUUAGGUGGGAACAAUUUCACUGGGAGUGUUCCUGAUACUUUCGGGUCGAUUCCUAACCUUCGAGUGUUGAUUCUUGGAGGAAAUAACUUCACAAGGCAGAUACCAGAAACACUACUGCAGUGCAGAAAUCUGAAGUUUCUGGAUCUUAGCAGGAAUGCUCUUGGCAAUGAUAUACCGCCAAUUCUUGGGAGAUUUACUCAGCUGCAAGUUCUGGUGUUACAUGGGAAUUCCUUCACCAGAGGGUUGAAUUCUUCUGGGAUUUUAAUAUUGCCUAACAUUCAGAGAUUAGACCUCAGCUACAAUAACUUUUCAGGUCCUCUUCCUGUUCAGAUCUCGAAGAUGGUUAGUUUGCAAUUCUUAGACUUUGCUUAUAACAAUUUUACAGGGAAAAUUCCCUCUGAAUAUGGAAGUCUUAAUCAGCUUCUAGCCCUUGAUCUCUCAUUUAACAGAUUAACUGGUUCUAUCCCACCAAGUUUGGGGAAGUUAACUUCCCUUCUUUGGCUUAUGCUCGCGAAUAAUUCCUUAACAGGUGAAAUUCCACCUGAGUUGGGAAACUGCAGCAGCUUGUUAUGGCUGAAUUUAGCUAAUAACAAACUUUAUGGGAAACUCCCAACUGAACUGACAAACAUUGGGAGCAAUCCUAUGCCUACAUUCAUGUCGAAUAGACGAGGAAAUCUUGUUCCCGGCUCAGGGGAGUGUUUGGCAAUGAGGAGAUGGAUACCUGAAAAGUACCCUCCUUUUAGUUUUGUGUACAGUUUGCUUACUAGAAAGAGUUGUAGAAAUGUAUGGGACAGGAUACUAAAAGGGUAUGGUCUAUUUCCAAUUUGCAAACCCGGCUCAAAAGUUCAGACAUUGCAGAUUUCAGGCUAUCUUCAGCUGACAGGAAAUCAAUUUUCUGGUGAAUUACCUUCUGAAAUUGGUAAUAUGAAGAACUUUAGCAUGCUGCAUUUUGCUGAGAAUAACUUUAAUGGUGCUUUGCCCUCAGACAUUGAGAAAUUGUCCCUUGUUUUUCUAAACGUAUCGAGGAAUAAUUUCUCAGGCACAAUUCCUAUGCAAAUUGGAAACGUCAAGUGUCUGCAAGACCUUGAUUUGUCCUGGAACAACUUCUCAGGUAUUUUUCCUACGAGUUUGAGCGAUUUGGAUGGGCUGAACAAGUUCAAUAUCUCUUUCAAUCCACUCAUUUCCGGUGUAAUCCCUUCUACCGGGCAACUAGCAACGUUUGAGAAGAGCUCUUACCUUGGUGAUCCUCAAUUAGUCCUUCCAUCUUUUAUCCAAAGUCCCACAAACUCAUCCAAGAAUAAUGAACGAUCUCACAGUUUUCGAUCAGUUGCAAAGAUAGCAACCUCUUUAGUCAUUGCAAUAUUGGUUCUUGUCUUGUUAAUAUGUGGUGUGCUCUCAGUCUUAGUCUACAACUUUGUAAAAAGUCCGUCAGAAAAACCAUCAUUGUAUCUCUUAAAAGACACCAAAUGCCGGCAUGAUAGUUCUUCUUGCUCGAGCAGCUCUUCCUCACCUUGGAUGUCAGAUGCCAUCAAAGUCAUUAGGCUCGACAAAACAGCAUUCACACACUCUGAUAUCCUGAAAGCAACAGGAAAUUUCUCUGAAGACAGAGAGAUUGGGAGAGGAGGGUACGCGACAGUUUAUAAAGGAGUCUUCCCUGAUGGAAGAGUAGUUGCUGUGAAGAAGCUACAGAGAGGAGGCAUUGAAGGAGAACGAGAAUUCCGAGCAGAAAUGGAAGUCCUUACACAGCAAGGUGUCAACUGGCCUCACCCAAAACUUGUCAACCUCUAUGGUUGGUGCCUUGAUAAGGCUGACAAAUUGCUGGUGUAUGAGUACAUGGAAGGGGGGACCUUAGAGGAUCUCAUCUCAGACAGAACACGGCUAAAAUGGAAAAAGCGAGUUGAGAUUGCAAUCGAUGUAACUCGUGCCUUAGUCUUCCUCCAUCAUGAGUGCUACCCUUCAAUAGUGCAUAGAGAUGUGAAAGCAAGCAAUGUACUAUUAGACAGAAACGGAAAAGCUAGAGUCACAGAUUUCGGUCUAGCAAGAAUGGUUGAUGCAGGGGAGACUCAUGUCACAACCACAGUUGCCGGGACAGUAGGGUAUGUUGCACCUGAAUAUAGCCAAACAUGGCAAGCAACAACCAAAGGCGAUGUUUACAGCUUUGGAGUAUUAGCCAUGGAGCUCGCGACAGGUAGGAGGGCAGUAGAUGAUGGGGAGGAGUGUCUGUUAGAGUGGGCAAGAAGAGUCAUGAAUAAAAAUAAUCAGCUAGGAUUAGAUCAUUCCACAAUCCCGGGGCUCGUAGUAGGACCAGGGAAAAAUGAAGGUGCAUCACAGAUGGGAGAACUGCUAAACAUCGGAAUCAAAUGUACUUCAGAGGCACCUCAAGCGCGGCCUAACAUGAAGGAGGUAUUGUCAAUGCUGGUUAAAAUCUUAGGCUAUGAAGGAGAUAUCUGUAAGGAGUUAGAUUAUGUUUCUGUAGUUUGUGAUGUAUAGGACUUCAGUUUUGAGUUAAAAAAAAAAGUGUUCAUAAUUUUAGAGGUUUCUGUUUUGGUUUUACAGUCAGACACACAGAAUAGGUACAUACAGUACAUAGGAUUACAUGUAAUCAUUUUUCUUGUACACAUCUAAUUCAUUGUUUUCAAGAAUAACACUAAUAAAACUGGGAGAAAUUGUUUUUCUUC